CCCGUGCUCAGAAGUAGCGACUCACACUGUCCCGAAAGAAUCAAAUAUUGUCAUGGCGUCGUCGUGGAGUUGUGUGUCUGAUGAUGAAAAAGACAUCGCAGGAGAAGCGUUGGCCGUGUGAACAGUUGUGAAGGGAUAUUUUGUGAAAAAACGACACAAUUUGUGUUCUGUGUCGGUUCUAUGUGUAUUUUAACAUCAAAAAUAGUCGUGAAAGUGGAAAAAAGUCGUGGUUUCUAGUUAAUGUUUGGAGUUCCGCCCCUGUACAAUUUUGCCUCUUCGAUUGUUGCCCACCGGCAGUGAAAAUUUUUCGUGUGUUUUCCACGAAAGGAGUGAAUUUGAGAGAUCAGACUUUGUGCAAUUGACGAGAACACAAUAUAUUUGGAAGUUUGAGGAUGACAAGAAGGGAAAAAUCAUAAAAAUCUACAGGGAUCAUUGUUGUAUGAAACGUAGUGCGUGCGGGAAAAAAUUACCUGAAAUAGCUUGGAAAAGAGGAAGAGUGUGAAGAAAUUACUACCAAAAACGUCUUUUUGGUUACCAAUUUUUUUUUAUUUGUGCACCAACAACUUACACAUACCAGUACCGAGAUUCAGUGUUAAGAAAAUCCCUUGUGAAUAAAUUCAGACGGCAAAGCAGAAAUUCAAAAUUAUCGGCACUAACUGAGAAAAGAUUUAUGAAAAGUUCAAUGUAUGUAGUUACUGGGCAGAAAAACCUAAUCAAUCACAACGGGAAAAGUUAGACGAGGUUCAAAUAUGCAAUGAAUUGAUAAAGAAUUGUGGCACUAACUGCGUGCACAUAAAAUUGUUCAACCAAAAUCCGCCUGACGGAGAAGUUGUAUGUGGUGUGAAGAGACAUUUAGUUUUGGGCAAACGAUAAAAAUCGAUGGAAGUAUUGUGCAUGACAUAUCAGUAUCCGGUUGCUGCGAACCGGCCAAUUGACAUUGGAUAUAAACAGGACAGUGAAAAUCCAAAGUGGUCACCGCACACUUGUCCAAUAUGAAUUCGGUGUGCCAGGGUGAAAUGUCAGUUGAAAAUUAAAUGGCAAUUGCAUGAGGAAAAAUAUUGAGGACUGGACGGAGAAGUGAUCUCAAGAAAAAAAAGGAAAGCAAAAAAUAGUUGGUGUUGAAUCUGAAGCAAGACGUAUUCGAAUGUGUCUGAUAGUGUUCAAGUGUGUGUAUGUGCAAGAGUAGAUUAUGUGAAAACGGUCGAAAAGUGUUCUUUUUGCACCGUCUCUCAAAAUUGUCUUGUAAACUAUUUAAUCGUUCAUCACGGAUUACUUAAAAACGUUCCCGCAAAGGAGGACCUCUUCUCCGCUCUUUCUCAAUACACCUGAGAAAGGAAUGAUAGGCUUGAGCCGUCGCGGGGCUGCUGGGCCGCCAUUGAGUUUGCCUAGCACGCUGGAGGACUCUGGGGCGACGUGGAAAGGAGCACCCCCAGGUCCAGAAACCCAGACAUCCGGAUCUGGGGGUGGUUUCACCCCGUCCGGUCCUAAUUCAUUCACUGGUCCCGUAUCGGUGUUUCCUUCUGCGGGCCAGGGCUCUCCUGCUGGCGGAGGAGGAGGCGGCGGUGGCGGUGGUGCUGGUAGCGCUGGUGGUGGUGGUCAGUCAGUUGGCGGUUAUCAGGGUCCUCCACCCGGCUCCAACACGCCUCAAUACACAGCAUCACCGGCACCCUCAGGCUCUUCCACCCCAGGUCCAGGACCACCACAGAAUGUCAGUGGGGCUGGCUUCCCACCACCACCCAAUUCCGCAGGUCCACCAUACAAUGGUCCAGGUCCUGGACCGGGUGGGCCAUUUGGGUCCCCGUCGGCGGGUGGACCGCAGUACGGCAGGCCGGGUAGUUCGGGACCGGCGUUUGGAGGCGGACCACACUUCGCCUCACCAGGUGGACCUGGUGGCUUCGGUGGACCACCACAGUUUGGCAUGCCGCCCGGAUCACCGUUCGGUCAUGGUCCUGGUCAUCCCAUUGGACCCAUGGGACCUGGACAUAUGAUGGGUGGACCUCAACCUGUUGACCGGAUUGAUCAAGGAGCCUUAAGUGUACCUAGAAGACAUACAUCAUAUUUCAGUCAGACUGAGUAUCGGGUGCAUGAACUGAAUAAGAGGUUACAGCAAAGAACAGAGGAAAGUGAUAAUUGCUGGUGGGAUUCCUUUGCCACGGAAUUUUUUGAAGAUGAUGCAACGCUAACAUUGACAUUCUGUCUGGAGGAUGGACCGAAGAGAUAUACAAUAGGCCGAACGCUGAUACCACGGUACUUUCGAAGUAUAUUUGAAGGUGGUGUCACAGAACUCUACUUCCAUAUGAAACAUACGAAAGAGUCCUUCCACAACACAUCAAUAACAUUAGACUGUGAACAAUGUACGAUGGUGACACACCACGGGAAACCCAUGUUUACCAAGGUAGCUCAGCAGAUUGUUUGCACCGAGGGGCGACUGAUAUUGGAGUUUAUGUAUGAUGACUACAUGAGGAUUAAAUCGUGGCAUAUGGCUGUGCGGGCUCACAAAGAACUCAUACCACGCACUGUCGUCGGCAUGCACACACAUACACCUCAGCCAGAUCCUGGACUUUUAGAGCAAUUGACAAAGAAUAUCACACGACAGGGGAUCACAAAUUCAACACUUAACUAUCUACGCUUAUGUGUUAUCCUGGAACCAAUGCAAGAGCUGAUGUCGCGCCACAAAGCGUAUGCGCUUAGUCCUCGAGAUUGCCUGAAGACGACGUUAUUUCAAAAGUGGCAGCGAAUGGUUGCACCGCCGGGUAAGAGAGAAAAACUUCCAAAUCAGACCGGCAAAAAAGAUACCCAAAGACCGGCAAAUAAGCGGCGAAAAAGAAAAGGCUCCAAUUCAGGAGGAGCGGCUAAUAAUGCCCCACCCGUGCCAAGCAAAAAACGAUCCCCAGGACCAAAUUUUUCCCUAGCGUCGCAGGAUGUCAUGGUAGUUGGUGAGCCAUCACUGAUGGGUGGUGAGUUUGGCGAUGAGGACGAACGACUGAUAACAAGGCUAGAGAAUACCCAGUAUGAUGCCGCAAAUUCGCUGGAGCACGAUAACCAUGGCGGUUUCCAUGCCGACUCACCGAUGACCGGGCCCAAUUCGUGGAAUGUGGACCGAGGUGGACCCCAGGGGAAUACACCGUCCAGUCAGGAUUCGGAGAAGAAGAGUCCGGCCGUUUCGCAGUGACGGAUAACAAUACAGUCCACUCUCUAUCCCAGCACUGGCUAAAAUGUUCUCUAUAAUUUCAUAUGGAGCGACAUAAAGCUGCCUCCUCUUCCGAAUUAUCGUGUGAGUGUUCUGUGUGAGUGUAGAUUAUCGUGUUCAAGAGUUUAGAAUUGGACAAGCAACAAGGAUGCAGUGCCACUAGAGGAUUCGAUAUGCAUUACGAGAACCAGACAAUUUUUCACUGCACACAGACACAUUAAUAUUGAAAAGUGAGAGUGAAACCGCCGUGCUUAUGUGAACGUGUGCGCGGCAAAGUGUUGAGGACACUUUUCUCUGUCCUGCAGACACUAUGAAUAUUAAAUUACCUUCACCAUUUGUACAUAAAUGUAGCAAUAACCACUACAUAACUCCACUUGAUGAACUUUUUGAUGGCAUAAGAGCAGAAAUUGAGAGAAAUUGUUGCACAUGUGAAGGCGUUUGUUGGUUAAGAGACAUUCUUUCGAGGAUGAUGGGGUGAGAAGUAAAAGUGAAUAUUUGGAUGUGUGUAAAAUGUGUAUAAAAGAAAUGUUCAUUUUGUAUUUUGAAAAAAUGCAAAACCCUAUGUGAGCACAAUGUGGAUUUUUUAGACGAAAACCUUGUAACAAAGAAGACAGUUUCUGCUUGAAAUUUAAAGAGAGAAAAAACAUCAAGAAAAUUGUAGGUAAAGAGAGAAAAAGAAACAUUAUUUAGUAUCUAAAAUGAGGAGAAAAAAAACCACCACAAGAAAAGAAAAAUUUACAAUUUUAUUUAAAAAUAUUAUUUCUAUAAAAGAAGAAAACUAUUUCAUGUGAAUUACAACUUCGACGGAACUUAAAUAGCACGUGGUUAAAUUAAAUAGCAAAUAAGUAAAUCAAUGAAAUUACUUAAUAAAAAAAUUUUUAUUAAAUAAUUGUAUCAGACAUUGAGGAAUACAGUACGAUAUAGUCGAAUGAAGUGUGCGAGAGAGUGUAUGAAAAUGUAAGAGGGAAUGUGGACACUCGAAAAAAUGACGGCAUCAAUUUAUAUUGUUUAUAAACAAAGGCAACAAAUCGAAAUUACAGAAUAUCCGAAGGAAGAGAAAAAGUGAAAAAAAUUAUAGAGAGACACAGAUAAAGAAAAAAGAAGUAAAAAAUUAAAGAAAGUGGGAAAAGAAGAAACAAAAGAUUAUAAAUAUUAUUAUUAAAAUGAAUAUUAUUACUACUAUAAAGAUGAAAGAUAGUGCUUAGGUGAAAAUUGAUUGAAUUGAUGCGAGAGUUUACAACAAAUUUUAAUUAAAUUGAUUAGAAAUUGUAAUAAAUUUAUAUAGACUACUCGAAUCUCUCUACAAAGUCAGUAUUUGUUGAUUAAAAGUAAAAAAAAAUGAGAAGAUAAAUAAAAAUUCAUAAAAAACAGUGUAUAAGUCACUAUACACGCAAUGUAAUGUAAAAAAGAGGAAAAGAGAAUGAUAAAAGGAGUGAACGAUUGUAAAAAACACUGAGAGGACACACAUUUGAAGACAUGAAGAAGAAAAAUCCCAAUUCGUGCGAAAUAGUAGCAAAAUUUACCGUCACAUCUCUUGAGGAAACAAAUCUUUCAUUCACAAUGAUUAUUAUAUUUGUAUAAUUUUUACCAAAAUGAUUGUCUAUUUAUGUACAACCUAAUUUAAAGAGAAAUUAAAUCUUUUUAAGUUUUUUAAUGCCAGCCAAGAGAUAUAUUUUAAUAGCAAGACAACACUCACCUUUUGAGAAUUGCAGUUCUACAUUUGGGAAAUGCUAAAAUUCUCAUUGAGUGAAUGAAUUGUAAGAAAAAUUGUGCUUUGUCGCAAUAAAUUGGGGUAAGAAAAAUUGGUUUCAUGCAUUUUUUUUAUUGCGAACUUUGUGGGAAAUAUUUGGGGAAAAAAUCUUAUUAGCGACAGAGCAAAAUUUUAACUUGAAUCUUAAAGACAUUUUAUAGUAAAAUGCAAAGAUGUUUCUUUUCUAGGAAGACACAAUGAGAAAAUAUCAUUGAAUUGAAAACGAAUUUUAUGUAUUUUAAGUUAAGAGCUCAAUUUGGAGUUUUUCUUUUUAUUUUUGCCAUGGAAAAAUUAAACUGCCUACCCGAAAUUUAUUUGUCAAAAAUUUAGGAAAUUUCUGUGAUAUAAAUAUCUUGGGACAUUUCUUGACAUUUCAUACAUUUUCUUCUUAUGUGUAUAAAAUAAAAUAUCAACCUUUAAAUUGAGCUUUGAAUGUUUUUAAAGUUUUCCAUGAUUUAGCGCUCUUUGAAUACCUCAUCAAAUCAUGUUUCGUAAUCAAGUUUUUACUAAACCAAAUAUAAAAAGACAGAAAAUAUUCUCAUUAUUCAUCCCUUCGGGAGUGAAAAGUAUUGUAAAAGAAUGAAUAAGAGUGUGCAUGGGUCCAAUUUUAAGAGAAUAUCCAAAAGAUGUACUUGUUAAAUGUAGUGUGAACUUCUUGUAUAAACCAUACUCGUAGCAAUAAUCUCAUACUUCAUAACUGUUUGAAGGGACAAGAAAAGGUUUCACCCUCGUCACGUUUUCAAUUCAAUGAAUAUUUUUUAUUAUUGAAUAUUACACUUUCUUCUGUCCAUCUUUUGAUUCAUCUCAACAUUUACUUGCAUCGGACAAGAGUUUUUGGUUAUCCACAUUAGAUAAAAUAGAACAUUUUAGAAAAAAAAAAUAGAGGACAGAGAGAAAAAUUGUGCUGUAGACAGAUGAAGAAAAUCUAAACAUCACUUUGCAUUUAAUUUCUAAUUGUUUCACUUUCAAUUUAUUCGAUAAUAUUGUGCAAGAAUCUAGAAAAAAAAAUAGAUUGACAACACUGAUGUGAAUAGAUAUAAAAGAAAAGAAUGUAGAAAUUUUGUCAGUUAUCAGUUGUCAUUGCGCUACCAAACAACUUAAUUUACAAUGUAAAGGAUAGGCAAGAGGUGAAAUUUGCGAGAUAGGAUUAAAAUAAAACUAGCGAAAACAUCUCAUUUUCAACUGUAAUUACACAGAACAAGCCACAACAUCAUUAUACUCGCUUUAUUUGUAAUUUGCGUCUAUAAAAAGUAAACCAUAGUUUGUGGUACAUUUUUUUUUCAAACUCAAUUUAACACAUUACAGAAAAGAUGAGAAAAGUGGUGGCUGUGACUGAAUGUAAUUUCGCGCUACAAACAUUUAUUAAAGGAAGAAAAAAAAUAGCUAAAGAGAUAAACAUUGAAGUGAGAAUCAUCCUCUUCUCCAACCACCAACGUAAUGAGCAAAAGAGAAUACAAUCCCUAAAGCCAGACACUAGAUAUGAGAAUCAUUGCUGGCCAGGUCCUAAUGUGUUUCGUACAUUUUUGGGUGAAUGCAAUUUAUGUAAAAUUUAAAUUGGUGUCGGAGUGCAAGUCUUACAUUAUAAAAGUAAACUAAAUCAAUUAUUACUGAAUGAAAUAAAAACUGAAGGAUAUAUUAAA